AUGUCAAAAAUAGUGUUUCUACAUCUUGUGCUGAUAACGUUGGGCAUCUUCCUCUGCUUGGAUUUUUGUGAACGAUGGAAACUUGCAGAUGCUGUCAAGACACAAUGGAGUGCAAAUCAAGAUACCUUACCUGAAGCGGCCAACUUAUAUUCAACAAGACUACCUUUAAAGGUGCGCUACUUUGGAGAACAUGACACGUUUGUAAAAUGGAUAGCUCCUGGACAUUGUUCUGCAACUCACCCCAGUGAGGAAGAAACAGAGAUUAGUUGCACCUUGGCAGGACUUCAUGGUGUGAGAGUAAAAUAUCGUGACGAUCAUGAUGGUGAUUUAAUAACUGACCUCAAAGUAGUGAUCAUGAAGAAUUCACCUACCUGCUACAUGUGGUAUGUGCUGGUUGAAAAAAGGACAUGGAGUGAGAAUGAGAUUGUUGUAAAGGUAUGGAUAUGGGAUCCACUUCUUUCAAGUAUUGAAGAAAUGAAGCAAAUUGCUACCAAACCUUCAAAGUUUUCAGAGAGACUGACCAAGAUAUUCGCAGGUAAGGGCCAGAUACCAGGAAUGCUGGAAUCGAUUCCAGACCCACGGUUUCAUCUAGACUCUUCAAAUAUGACCUUCAUAGAGGCUGAUAGUAUUUGGGAGUUCUACGUUCGAGUUGAUCCGUGCAAGAUUCAUAAAGUGCAAGUAAGCGGCAAACCAAGCGUGGCCUCUCAUGGAUGUUUUAUCAGGUAUGAUAUCAAAGGGUGA